AAGCACUUCUUCACCUCCCACUUCUACCCCAGCUUUAUCGCUUUUUAAAACCAACAGACAUGUCUGUCCAUCCCAUUGAUCCCUGGAACACUGUUCUUCACACUCCUCUUGAGCAAGAAGACAAGGAAGUCUUUGAUAUUGUUGAAAAUGAAAAGUACAGACAAUGGUCCGGUCUUGAGUUGAUUGCUUCUGAGAACUUCACUUCUCAAGCUACCAUUGAGGCCAAUGGUACUGCUUUGACCAACAAGUACUCUGAAGGUCUUCCCGGUGCCCGCUACUACGGAGGUAACGAGCACAUUGAUGAGCUCGAGAACCUUUGCCGCAAGCGUGCCUUGGCUGCCUUUGGCUUGAACCCUGAACAAUGGGGUGUCAACGUCCAGCCCUACUCUGGAAGCACUGCCAACUUUGCUGCCUUGACUGCUCUCAUCCAACCCCAGGACCGUCUUAUGGGUUUGGACUUGCCCUCCGGUGGCCAUUUGACCCACGGUUACCAAACCAACAAGAAGAAGAUCUCAUCUUCUUCCAUCUACUUCGCCUCCAUGCCUUACCAGGUUGACCAAACCACCGGUUAUAUUGACUACAACCGUCUUGAGGAGAACGCUGCUCUCUUCCGCCCCAAGCUUUUGAUUUGCGGUGGUUCCGCCUACCCCCGUGAAUGGGACUAUGCUCGUUUCCGCAAGAUCGCUGACCAACACGGUGCUUAUGUCAUGUGCGAUAUGGCUCACAUCUCUGGUCUCGUUGCUACCUCUGAGGCUGCUUCUCCUUUCGACUUCUGCGAUGUUGUUACCACCACCACCCACAAGACUCUCCGUGGUCCCCGUGCUGGUUUGAUCUUCUUCCGUCGCGAUAAGGGUGAUGAUCUUGAGAACCGUGUCAACCAAGCUGUCUUCCCCUCUUGCCAGGGUGGACCCCACAACAACACCAUUGCUGCCAUUGCUGUUGCCUUGAAGCAAGCUGCUUCCCCUGAAUUCAAGCAAUAUGCUAAGCAAGUCCGUGCUAACUCCAGCGCUUUGGCUGAAACCCUCAAGAGCCACGGCUACAAGCUCGCUACUGACGGUACUGACAAUCAUUUGGUUCUCUGGGAUCUUAAGCCCCAGAAGCUCACUGGUUCCAAGGUCGAACGCAUCUGCGACAUGGCUCACAUCACCAUCAACAAGAACUCCAUUGCUGGUGACAAGUCUGCUGUCACUCCCGGUGGUGUCCGUCUCGGUUCCUCCGCUUUGACUUCCCGUUCUUUCAAGGAAGAGGACUUUGUCAAGGUUGCUGAGUUCCUUCACCGCACUGUCCAGAUCGCUAUUGCUGUCCAAGAGAAGGCUGGAUCCAAGAUGAUGAAGGAUUUCGUUGCUGCUCUCGACGGUAACGAAGACAUUGCUCAGCUUAAGAAGGAAGUCCUUGCUUUCGCUCGCAGCUUCCCCAUGCCUGGUUUUGAUCCCACCAAGAUCAAGGCUACCGUUCAGUACUAAAGUACACGCAUUGCUCUAGCAAUGUGCUAAGUAGAGGCGCGAUGUGCAGUUUUCCCUAAAAUCCACACGACGCUUUUUUCAACAAAAAGUUAUUUUCCUUUUGCCCAUUUUUUUUUCAUUCCUCACCUUUUUUUUCACCCGCCCCAUAUUGUACCAUUCGCACCUAGACUUUCUCCUUGUACGUAGACACAUCUUACAGACUGGGUCGGUUCAUUGUCUU